UAAUGAUAGAAUGCAACAGCCAUUUUAAGUCCUUUUAAUCUUUUCAGCCACAGUAUUUUUCACUUUUUAGUAAUUUUUAGUAUUAUUUUUUCACUUCAGAUGAUGGAAAAUUGCGUUUGACCUCGGACUGGCAGCAUUUGGGAUUGCCCACAGAACUGAUUCACUACUUUCCUCCAAAUUUUUCUGGUGCAAUGUUAGCCUUACAAGUGCAUUUCUUGCUGAUUCCAUCCCUCAUGAGCAUCAUGGGAGCAGCACAGUACAUGAUGCAGGAUGCAGCCCUGCUGAGCUACAUUGACCAGCGUUUUCUGUCUCUGGAGAAGAGGCUGGAGAAGUGCAGCCAAGACGUGCUGGAAUACGUGGAUGAGUUCCGGGAGUUCUCCAAGGUGGUGCUGUCCCGCCUAGCAGGGCUGAGUUCCGACAAAGCUGAGCUUAAGGGGGAAGUGGAGAAUUUGCUAACGAGGGUCGAGCACGCCCAGAGGGACAUCGACUAUUUUGGAUCUGUCAUGGACUCCAACGCCUGCGUGGAAGUGCACGAGGACCUGCUGAAACAGCAGCUGCUGGAAGAAGCAGAAGAAAAAAAGAGACUUAAACUCAUGUUUAAUGCAAGUUGUGACCACAUGCUUGCAGGUAUUAGGUCCCUGAAGGUAGUUAAGAAGACUGGAGGGAAGCAUGGCUCUUGGAUGAAAGAUCCUGGCAAAAAGCACGGGAAGAUUUAUUUAUUAAGUGGCUCUGUAAAUAAUGUGAUUCUGGAAUUUGCCAAUAUCAUGGCUUUCAUGGAAAACAAUCAGACUCUGAAGGCUCGCAGGGUCCCCUUGCCACUGCCCUGGGAAGGAACUGGCCACGUCAUCUAUCAGGGCUUCCUCUUCUACCACAGGCACGGCUCCUUGAACGAGAUCGUGAAAUUCAACAUCCAGAGAAGAAACGUGGCUGACCAGAUGCUGCUGCCAGGGGCUGGGAGGAUUCCUGCCUACCAGCUCUCCCCACAGACAAAAAUAGACCUGGCUCUCGACGAGCAGGGGCUGUGGGCCCUCCAUGCAGAGCCAGAGACCGGGGGGAACAUCGUCCUCACCAAAAUCAACCCCGCAGCCAUGGCCGUGGAGCACAGCUGGGACACGCCCUGCAGCAGCCGGGAUGCUGAGGCAGCUUUCAUGGCCUGCAACACCCUCCACGUGGUCUACAACUCUCCUUCUGGGGGCUCCUCCCGCAUCCAGUGUGUCUAUGAUGUUUUGGGUGCUCUGAAUGCUCACACAAACCCAGGACUGCAUUUCCCAAAACGCCAGGGUGGCCACUCCACCGUACACUACAAUCCUAAAGAAAAGCAGCUCUUCGCUUGGGGUGAUGGAUCCCAGAUCAUAUACAAACUCCACACAGAGCAGAAAGUUUAAAACCUUUAGCAGCUUUUUCAAGCAGACCUAAAAGCCACCAGUCCCAGGUCAACACAGCCUUUUAGUGUGUAUUAAAACUACAUUAUUCCCAGCUGUUACAACUUUCAUCCAUUUUACAUAAUUUAAGACUUAUGUACCCCAGUAAUCUUAAUGUCCAAUAAAGAAGAUGU